UUGUCAAAUGUCCAAAGCAUGUUAUUACAAAAAUAAACAUUUUCCAUUUAAAUUUAACCCUUAUUUAACUAACUUUUUCUCGAAAUUAAGAUAGUUCUGAUAAAUUUCAAAGGUUGGACGUCUCAGAAUUAUAAAAUGGGCAGCUAUGGACAGGCUGUUAUUCCUGGAUUUAUCUGUCGACUGUGCUCCAAACAAAAGAAAAUAGUUAUCCAUUUGUAUACAGCUAAAGCGAAAAAACUAGAUUUACUUAACAAAAUUAGAUUAUUACCAAUAUCCCUGGAUAAAUACGAUAAUCUCCCCAAAACAGUAUGCGAAUCGUGUAUAGAGAAAUUAAACGCGCAAUAUCAACUAUUUAUGCGAAUUAGGAAAAGCGAAAAUAUAUAUAUGGCUCACCGAAGAUAUCAUACCAAUGGUAACUGCCCCUAUGAAUGUCCAUUAAAUGGCGCCGACCUAGGGGAAUGAUAAUUUCAUGUAAAAUUUGUUAAUAUCGAUGGAACAUUCAGGGAUUCACUCAAGAUCACAAGAAACAAUUACUAAUAUAAGGAUGUGGACUGUUACAUUAAUAUCAAAUAUUUUUAGCAUUUUUGUCUGUGAUUUUUAAUAAUAAUUUGUUUUAAACUUUAUGUUAAGUACGAGGUAUUCAGACAAAGGAAUUUUAUAUUAUAAGGCCGACUAGUGUGUGUUUGAAUUUUUAUCAAUUAAGUGUCAAUAAAUAAAGUAACUUCUAAUUUUUA